GCUCGGACUUGAAAGUCGCUGGACGUUGAGCGUGAGGUCGGCGGGAGCCGGUCAGUCUCGCUCUGGCGGCCGGAGAGGAAGGACGUUCCGCGUCGCUCCUCGUACUCCGUCUCUUCCCUCAUCCCAGCCUUCACAAACUCUUCCUUUCUGGUCGCUGGAAACGUGUCUCCACCUUUCAAGUGAACGUCGCCAUGUUUCUCUCCACGGGCGAAACAAAUGAGGCAAUAGUUUCGCGCCGAAGGACGUGAUUAUAACUACACACGGCGCUCCCUAUGGGCGUAGUUUGACUGAUUCGCCAAGUAUCUCCUCAGAUACUUCAGUUGAGGUGUUUCUAGGAGGUUAGUGUGCGCUGGGUGGUGCUCUGUGGGCGGUGCCUCGCUAUGACCACGCCCACAGCCCGCCCAGCCCUGUGUGGGCGGCACCCCGUGAUGACCACGCCCACAACCCGCCCUCCUCGCCUCCUGCUGCUGCUGCUGCUGCUUCUGCUGCUGUUCUGCCAACGAGCCGUGGGUAUCCAUUGCGUGCAGUGCACGAGUGAGGCAGGGGGUGAGGGGAGGGCGUGCAUCAGCCAGCCUCCGGAGGCAGCACCGUGCGAGCCUGCCAUGACAGUCUGCAUGACCAUCAGGACCUACACCCCCGCCGAAGAUGACAAACGAACGCUAGUCUCGCUGGUGCGGACGUGUGGACCCACAGACAUGGGCUGGGACUGUGAGAAAGGCAAGACUGAACGGGGAGCAGUUGCCGAAGUCUGCCACGAUUCCUGUGACUGGGAUGGUUGUAACCACGCCCACACGCCCACGGUCCAGCUCUUGGCUGUGCUAGGAUGCCUGUGGGCGGCUUCUGUCCUCUAACAUCUGAUCCGUUCCAAUUCCCACCAAUCUUCUAUCUCGAUAAAUCCCUUGAUCCAUUCCGCUAUCUUCAGGUUCAAGUCGCACUCAGCAGCUUUUGCUACUUGUAGCGUAGAGACGUCCAUCCCGUCUCACUUGUUUACAGUAAACAAAGAUGGCGUGUUACACCACCUAGCUGACAUUUUAUUGUUUACAGGGACCACAGCUAUCGUGCUGCACCUCCUGGGUAGAGUAUGUCUUGUGUUUACAAGGAUACUGGGCAACUUGCUUGUGUAGAGGCGAUGUAUAUGUCGGUAUCAUAUAGCAUUCAUCUUACUAUCAAAGGGAUAUGUAUAUACACCUAGUGGUUUAUAUAUUUAUCGGUGUGUGUGUGUGUAUAUACACUUGAGAGUAUAUUUUAGCCUUCGAAUGAAUAAAGUACACUUGCUGGUUGGUCACUAAGCUACCGUGGAGGCCGCAACUACGGUACAUAUCCACAGAUGCAACUACGGUACACUUCAACAUAGUUAUACCAACAACUACGGUAAGCUUAUACCCCGCUGUUUAGCCUAUAUACCUGGCUCGCUAAUUACUUAUCUCGUUGUUUAAGUGUGGUAUAUAAUUUUUUCUUCCUUCAAUACAUUCCACAUGACGUGCAUGUGUGUGUGUGGGAGGGGGCGUGAGGAGUCCUAUCGUGAGGUGAGACAAACAAGAGACUGUCCUUUGCCGCCAUAACCUUACUGUACGGGAAUAAUUUAAUUGACUAAUAUUUACAGUGUCAUCUGGUUAAUACAAGCUCCGUUGUGAAACACCAGGGGAAGCGGGUUAUCUAAGCUGCGAUCGGAGCUCUUUUUUUUUUUCCCUCACAUUACUAACUGCCCUUUCUCUCCCCGCUCUUCUAAUUUCCUUUCUCUCUCUUCUCUCCCCCUCACCAAUCCUCCCCUCUUUCGGUCUCUC